CUAACAACCUUCCCGAAUAAAUAAUUUCUCCCAGAUCCAACGUUCACUCCAGCAUCGGAACUUUCUCUACUUUUUCAAGAUAAUCAGAUAAUCGUUUCCACACACCUUCGGACAAAUUUCGUCACAUCAACCAAGAUCUCUAUAUUCCACACUGCAAACCCACCCGCUUAUACAAACAAACAAACAUACGUACAUACACACCCCCAGGCCAUCACCAUGGCUGCCCUCAAGGGUAUCCUGCGAAAACCGUGGAUGGACGGCUGCGGCGCCGAGGUGCCGGCUAUGGCUACUACUACUACUGCUGCUACUAUGGCCCGCAAGAUCAACGUCUCGUUCGAGGACGUGCUGGCGCGCGACGGCGAGGACGGCCGGAUCGUGCCGCCGAGCAUGAGGUCGCGGGACGAGUGGAUCAGGGAGGUGAACAAGCGCCGGGGCGCGAAUCUGAUCGAGAAGUUUCGCGGCUUGGAGAGCGAGGGCAAGGGCGAUGACGACGGCGAUGCUUAUUGCCAGGUCACGUUGGUCGAGAACGUCGGCGAUGACGGGUUCGGGAAGGAGGUUGUCCUGUACGAGGCUACGAGUUCUGAAAGCGAUGAUGAUGAUGAGAGUGACGAGGAUACGGAGGUUGAGAGCGAGAGCGAGAGCGAGGAUGGGGAUGGGGAUGAGGGUGGUGGUGCGGAGAAGAUUGAGGUGAUUUUUGGGAGUGAUAGCGAAGAUGAUGACGACGAUGGUGGUGAUGAUGACGAGGAAGAGGAUGGGGAUGAGGACGAGAAAGAGAAGAAAGAAGAGGCGAAAGGCGAAGCGAAGAAAGACGACGAGACGAAAGAGGAUCAUAUGAAAGGAGAGAAAGACAGUAUGGAGUACGCCCGAACUUUCCUUCAGUCGGAAGUCGGAAGUCACAGCUGCGUUAUUAGAAUGAUUAUAUGUUGACAUUCAGAUUUUAUAGUGGAUUUCGGUAUCCGUUGUGCCAACCGGCUACGGUGUUGUAGCUCGGUGUUCACCCUUGAUAUUAGGUAUGUUGCCACCAUCUCCUAUUUUCUAUCAUGAUAUCUCUAGCCUAACUCUAUUUGCAACAUUA